GCCUCACUGCCAUGUGCUCCUUGAUCGGAUGUUGCUGCGAUUGUGCAGCGACGAUUGCUUGCUGCUGCUGUACCUGUGCCCUCCAGACACUAUGCUGCAUGGUGUUCGUGGUGGUGAUCAUCUGUGUGGCAAUUGGACUGGGUAUCUACUUCGGCAUCUUCCACAACCGGGACUCUAACUCCAGCACUACCACGACCACGCCAAGCAGUCUCAUACUAAGAGCCCUUAUGCCGGACGGACUUCACGAGGAAAAGGAAUCGACCUGGGUGUAUUAAGAGU